UUAUUUCAUCCAACCACUGACAACAACGCAGUCGCUGUCUCAUAGCUACCAGAGAUAGGAGCUAGCUAGGAGUCCUCGUUGCGUUGGUGAAGGAGGAAUGAAGCAAGUUGGCAUCGCUCGAAGAUCCUUCCUCUGGUCCAAUUUGUCAGCUAGAAGAUGUCCACCCCUCCAAGAUCAUAAUGUUGCACACCCUCGCCGGUUUCAUCAUGACAAUAGUCGUUUUCUCAUCGAUCGAUGGACUGAAAGAGCUUCUUUUCCACCGAACGUCAACAAAUGCUGGCCAAUCGCAAGUAACAGCCAAGCCUUGUUUCGGUCCUUUUCAUCUUCCAAUGCACAAGAUGAGAAGGAUACUACUACUAGUAGUAUCACUACAACUGCAAGCAAUGAAGAUGACGAAAUCGAACAAAGACGAAGGGAAAAGAAACAACGAUCAUUACGACGUGUGGCAGCCCAGUAUAUUCCUCAGUGGCUGAAAUCAGAGCCAUUUUGCUUUGAGCGAACUGUGGCAGCCCUCAAUCUCAACUUGUCCGCAGAACGAUACCGAACUGGGACGUCCUUCACGGCCAAAUCGGAUCUUCAGGGGCAAUAUAGAAAGGUCUUUGUGGACAGCAUUCCGUCCUUUACAAAUUAUGUAAGGACCAGCGAUGAGCUUCCCGAGGGACUGAACAAGGCUUUGAAUCGAUUGGUGGAUGCCGGCUUUUGUGACCAAGAGUUUUCAACGCUAUAUCGCAGUAUUAAAGGAGGUGAAUCAAAGCGGACGCAAACUGUCACGUUGCUUUCCCAAAAGCAAAAACAAUAUGAAGAGCGAAAACGAACAAUCCAACUUAUCAACGAAAAGAUUGAAGAGUUGAAGGACGAACUAGUAGAGGUUCAAUCUGAAUACUCAAACAUCCAGCAGAUAAUAUCCAACCCAUCUACAAAACAAACGGGCAAAAAUUCAAGCGAGUCCAACUCGGUUGUGUCUAUGAUCGCAUCGGCAGCCAGGAUGGCACGAGAAUCCAAGAAGGACGCACCCAACAACGAUCCAGAGACUUCAGCGAGUGAGAAUACGACUGGGCUUGAAAAGUCUUCUUUGGAACAACGCAUGCAGAAACUCGAGCGACGAAUUCGCAGCCGGGAAGAUCAUGUCGAAUCCAUUGUACAUGGGACCAGGAAGGUGCUAGAGUCAAUUGAAAAUCUCCAGAAAGAGCUGGCAGAAUCCCAAAGAUCCAUGUCCAAUGAGACAUACGCUGAUACACAACAAAUCGUCAAUGAGACUCUACUGAUACUUUGCGACUACCUGGCCCAGCAUAUUCAGACACAACAUUCCAAACUCAUCGAGCGAUGGGCAAACCUUGACGACAAGACUGACCUGACCAAACCUCAUGAAUGGUAUCCAUAUGCACGCCUUGAAAAACGAAAGAUUGUAUACCACGGAGGCCCGACAAACUCUGGAAAGACUUACACUGCGUUGCAGCGCUUGAAACAAGCAAAGACUGGUCUCUACGUGGGACCCUUGCGUUUGCUAGCAGGAGAGGUUUAUGAGACUUUGAAUUCUCAGGGGGUUUAUACAAGUUUGGUCACGGGGCAGGAAAAACGAGAAUUCGCCUUUUGCACACACAUUGCUGCCACUGUAGAAAUGGCAGGGAAUCUGCUGGAUAGGGAGUUUGAUGUCGUUGUAGUCGAUGAAAUCCAGAUGAUUGAAGAUAAGGACCGAGGCUUUGCUUGGACUCGAGCUUUGAUGGGAUUACGUUGCAAGGAGAUUCAUGUUUGCGGGGGAUUGGAAGCGAAGUGUCUCGUUCAGAGAAUAGCCCACGCAUGUCAUGAUGACUUUCAACUACAUGAAUACAAGCGCUUCGGCGAACUUGUUGUUGCUGAUAGUAGCCUGGCUACCCAUCCAAAUGAAAUGAAUGCUUACAAAAGGGUUCAACCAGGAGAUUGCAUUGUCGCUUUCAGCCGGAAUGACAUCUUUGCAAUCCAGCGAGAAAUCGAAGCUGCCGGGCACAAGUGCUGCAUCAUCUAUGGAACCUUGCCGCCAGAGAUUCGAACGGCUCAGGCGCAAUUGUUCAAUGACCCAGACUCUGGGUAUGACAUUCUCAUUGCAUCUGACGCUAUCGCCAUGGGUUUGAAUCUGAACAUACGGAGAAUCGUAUUCAACACAGUCUACAAGAAUGAUGGAAACUCGAUAGUACGACUUGGUCACUCAGCUGUGAAACAAAUUGCGGGUAGGGCUGGUAGACGGAACAGCCAUUUUCCAAACGGGAUUGCUACAUGUCGAAACCCCGCAGACUUGGAAUAUAUUCGCCAAUGCUUGCACACUGACAUUGCUCCGAUUGAAAAGGCUGGAUUGGUUCCUUCAUCUUCUCACAUUGACUUAUUUGGCGAAGCCCUGCAAGAGUACCAUUACGGUGGACUAGACAAACAUGGCAACAAGAUAGUUCCUCAUCUGCAUACUCUUUUGCAGGAGUUUUCGGACAUGGCUGUGGUCAAGGGCGACUUCUUCCUCUGUCGUCAGGGCGACAUGUUGGCAGUCGCAAGGUGGUUAAAGGACAUUGGUGGUUUGGAUACUUCCCAAAAGUUCACGUUCUGUAUGGCUCCAGUCAACACUUCGCAAGCAAAGGUGAAAGAUGUUCUGGUAAAGUUUGGGAAAAAACUGGCAGCAGGGGAGGUUCCAGGCCUUACAAGAGGGUCGCCCGUAAAGCGCGCCAAUUCAUUUGUUGACUUGGCAACACUCUGCAGUAUUUAUUUGGACGUUGAACUCUUCAUCUGGAUGCAGAACAAGUUCCCUCCAAUUAACUUGAUGGAGCAACAAGCAGCCCUUGCAAGAAAGGAACGAUGCUCAGCAAUGAUCAAACAAGGCUUGAAUGAAACCGAGAAACUAAAGCUUGAUCAUUGCUACAUCACACGGGAUGCCAAUCUUCGAACAGAGUGGACUCGCGAACAACAAAAGCUUGGUAGUAGUGACGAUGACGUAAUGAGCUUCGACGAGUCAGACACAGAGGCCGAGUUUCGAACCUACUUGUAACACACAGAAGUACCGGUAGUUAAAGAAAAAGAGGGAGGAACCGUAUUCAGCACCAGCCUCAUUUUCAGACCUCUGCUAGUUAUGCGAGCCCCGACUGUGGACCAAUGCCUGCACAAGAGGAGUGCACCUAGUUACUGGACCGGUCAGCCUUGCUUUCGAAGGGCCCUUAGGAUUAGACAAAACCCCACCCAACCAGUCCAAAACCGACGUCGGCUACGGGGUAACUGAUCAUGUUUGGACAAACCAACAAACCAACAUGCAUCCCUGAUGCCUGCAUUGAAGUACGGGUUGGUGCUGACGGCAAAAUCGAUCCCAAUACACCAAUGCGUAUGAUGGACAUGGCACUUGACAUCAAUGCAAACACUGUGUGAAGUGCCUUCUGCUCCCUCUAUUAGAGUAGCCACGUAACUCGUAAAGGACUCCGUUAUUAUUAUUA